UCAGGGGUGAGCACAAGAUCUCAUUCGUUGGUGAAGAGGUUCGACGGGAUUUACACAGGGCCGUACUUCGACGCAAGCAACCCCAAGAACAUCACGGCCCAGUUGGGAAGGCAUGCCUACUUGCCGUGCAAAGUGCGGCAGCUUGGUAAUAAAUCGGUGGCGUGGGUCAGAAGAAGGGACUCGCAUAUCCUCUCCGUAGAUAGAACCAUGUUUAUCCCGGACGAAAGGUUCCAGGCGAUUUUCGUGGGCGCUGUGGACAGCUGGACGCUCCAGGUGAAGUACGUCCAGGAACGCGACGAAGGCGAGUACGAGUGCCAAAUCUCGACCGAUCCGAAGAAGAGUCACAUCAUCAAGCUGACCAUCGUCGUGCCAAAGAUCGAGAUCAUAGGCGAUCGCGACAUGUACGUGAAGACCGGAAGUACAGUGGCCAUACGGUGCAUGAUCAAACAGUCCCUCGAGGGACCGUUCUACGUCUUCUGGUACCACGAGGGCGACCGCGUCCUGGACAAUCAGUUGGGCAAAAUCGACAUCCAGACGGAGAGGAUCAAUAACGACACGAUCAGCAGUCUCGAGAUCCGCAACGCGAGGCCGGAGGAUUCGGGUAAUUACACUUGCAGCCCGAGCAGUUUGGACAGCGCGAGCGUGCAGCUUCACGUGUUGAAUGGCGAACAUCCCGCUGCUAUUCAGAGGGGGAUCAGCUCGGCACCGGGUGGCUGUCCGACGCUAUGGUGGUUGGCGGGCGUCGUGACGCUGUAUUCGAGUCACGGCAGCCGUCUGUUCGUCCUCGCCCUUCUGAUACUCAUGGUCCUUUAUUCGAAGAACCCGUCUUAUUUCGCGCCGGAACGAUAAUCAGGAACGAGAGGUGGAUGGUGUCGCAAGAUGAUCGAUUAUCACCUGCUACGAGACCCGGGAACACGCCUCGAGGAACGCUCCAGCGACGAGGAACGGGACGAAGAGGACGCGAGACGGCUUCUUCGUAAAGUGACUUCGCGAAGAUGACCGAAAAAAAAAAAAAAAGAGAAACGCGACAAACCGCGAGAGAAAAGUCAGAUCGACGACGGUGGGGUUCGACUGGGUUAGGGUUCCUUUUGGCCAGCAAUUAGCAUUUCUUUUCUUUUCUCGUUUCUCUGCGGUACGUCGAGAGGGUUGAAACGCCAGUCGAUCGCUCCGAACAACAGAAUUUCACUUGUCGUUCAUUUCCUAGAGACGAUUUUGUAAUUCGGUCGAUCUCCAGCGACAAACAGCCGAUGACCGCGCGCUGAAAACAUUCAUCUUCGACGCCCGAGUGUCUCGAGCUUGGGGACGAAAUCCUCGACGAUGAAGCGUCGGAUA